AAACCCUAGAAGAUUCUUUUCUUCCCCCCAAAUUUCCUUCUUUAUUCGCGCCCUCACUUUUUUCCUUUUCUUUUAUUUAUAGACGUAUUGCAAUAAAAGACAAAAAUUAAAAAAGAAAUCGAUGAUGAAAUGGGACAUGGAGCUGGAAGAAAUCGAAGCGGUUCUGGAGAAAAUCUGGGACCUUCACGACAAGCUCAGCGACGCUAUCCACUCAAUUUCGCGGACUCACUUUCUCAACUCCGUCAAAGCUCUCAGAAAGCACCACAACAACAACAUCAAUAAAAAGAAGCAAUUCAACCUCGAAAACGACGCCGUCGAGGACACCGGCCGGGCCGGGUUCGUUUUCGUCAAGGACUUCCGGGUCGACGAUGACGACUCGGCCAUCCAGGAAGCCAAGAGUCUCAAUGCGAUUCGGACCGCGCUCGAGAACCUCGAGGACCAGCUCGAGUUCUUCCAUACUGUUCAAACACAGCAGCGGGCUGAGAGAGAUGCUGCAAUUGCCCGAUUAGAACAAAGCCGUAUCGUUCUUGCAAUGAGAUUGUCUGAACAUCAUGGUAAGAAAUACAAAGUCAUUGAAGAAGCUCUUACUUUUGUGGGAGAUGUACGUGAUGGAGGUCACUUUGUUUCACCUGAAAACCUAUAUGGUCCACCAUUUAGUCCGUCUGGUGAGAAAUUUGUUUCUCAUGAAGGGAAGAGGUCUAAUAUACUGAUCAAAGUUCUUCUUUCAAGUUUUGAUUUUGUAAAGAAAUCCCUUAAAUUGGAUCACGUGGGUGGGAUAGUGGGCAAUGCUGCUUUGGUAGCAGUUAGCAUGAUUGCAUGGCUGCAACUGCAUCAGCUGGCUUAUAAACAACUCCCUGAGAAGCAUGAAGAUAAUAUCUACAACAACAGAAAUCUGAGACAGACUUCUUGGCUGGAGGGAUCUUCAUCUGAUGGUCGUUUGAGACAGCUGGAUGUGUUGGCAGGCAAGGGUUAAGGUGAACAAUUGAAAUCUACUACAGUUUUAUGUGGAUGACUCUGAUUAGUCUAUUCAUAGCCAAUCCUAAAGUAAUUUGACAAAGGCUUUGUUGUUGUUGUUGUUGUUGUUGAUAGUCCAAUGAUUUAAGGCCUUGUUGCCUCUCAACCUCUUCCCACGAAUGUUUUAAAAGUUUUGGCAAAAUAGUUAGGAUGUCAUUUUCAAUUUGUAGAAUAUUGUUGGAGGCUUGGAGCUGCUAUGGAGGCAUUAAAUAGUGAUAGUCGUAUGUGUGUAUUUGGUCCCUGUCCGGUAGUCAUUUGAAUUCAUUGUGUAUAUCCUAACUUUUGACUGAGGUUAGUUAUCUGUAUGUGAAUGAAUGCCUUGAGAUUUCCAAUA